CAAUUCCUCAUUGAAACAGUGACGUUCGAAGAAUUUCUUUAAAAGAAAUUAUGUCUACUGUUGAAUUAAUUAAGUUAAGCAUGAAAAUUGUUGUUUGAAUAGACAUUUCAAUAUUUUGUUGUUAUUUCAUUAAAUCAGACAGGCCGCGCUAGCGUCCUAUCUAAAUACAUUAUAAUGAAUAAGUACAAACUAAUACAUAUGCAUUUCGCUAUGAAUGCGUUUCAUGUUAUGUGUUUUGAUUUCAUUUAAUUUUGGAAAUUGAAAAAAAAAAUAUUUCUCGACAAAAUAUAUUUUAAAACAUCAUUGCAAUAAAAAAAAACUUCCAGAGUAAGAAUGAAUAUAUUGAUAUUGAGUAAGAAAAUUCGGUGAAAUCGGUGAAAUACUUGAAUCAAACAUAAACGUUUGAAAAACGUAAGACGCGCGCCAAAGCAUAAGUGAUGUCAAAGUGUAUACAAAGAGUGAAGCAAUAGUGCGUUUAAUGCUAUAUGCUAUAGUGUCUCUGUUGAUGUUGAUCGCUGACGUUUAUAGUGGUAGAAAUCAGAGAUAAUAAAAGUAAAAAGUUGAAAAAAACAAAGUCAUUCUCAAUUUUUCAAUUUUCUUAUUUUAUUCUCCUUCAAUUUGUUCGACGUUCACAUGAUGCUUCAUUUGUAGUUUGGUGAACAAAGUGCAAUAAAAAAUUGACGAUUUUGGUUUACUGGUCCGUAUUCACCAGAUGUAGGCAUGUUUGUUAAUUCAACAAUUAAUAUUCUCUCGGUCAAGGUCGAAAAUACCGUUAUGCCGUCUGAACGAACAAAGACGCGCGCACAGUCGGUAGCCACGUAGAUAUGUUACAGAUUAGCUUAAUUUCAAGUCAUCAAUGUUCACAUCGGCAGUGGUGAAUACAACAUUAGUAUCAAUGUAUUUCCCGAUCCUGAAUCAAAUGGAAAAUUAAUUUAAAAAAAAUAUAUAAAAAGUUGCAAAUAACUUGAACAAUAAAAAACAUUGAUUAAUUGAGUCCUCAUGCGAUACCAAUUUUUACUAUUGCCACUGUCCUCUCGCAUUGGAUCAAUGGCAUAUCUCAAAUCAAUUUUUCGAGUCGGCGGUUUUGAUUACAACAACAACAGGCAAUUUUUCACGAACCAAGGCCAAUCGCAAUUCUAAAAACACAGUUUCGUUUCUUACAUCUUGAAGAUUGAAUUUUCGGUUUUUUAUGACGAUUUUCGUUCAUUCCUUGAAGAUUAUGUCCCCUGAAUAAUUUCAAAAUCGAAGAGAUAAAAAAAAUAUUGAGCGUUAUCGACUUAAUUUGUUUUUAUUAUAACAACCCCCCGUCCUACUAGAUAUGUGAGACGUAGCCAACCUAUGUCUGAUCAAAACACUGAUUUAUAAAAGGAAAACUGAACUUUGAGUUUAUCUCUAAAGUGUGAAAAUAGCACACAAUAUAUUUAGAAAAAGCGAAAUAAAUCACAGACACUGUCAGACUUCAAUCAAUUUAUGAUCCACGAGCCAUCAUGUGUUGAUAAGAAAAUUUAAAGAAUCCCUUUACAGGUGAUGAUGCAAGUAAUUCUACUUUAUCGAGAGAACAUUUCAACCAUAAACACAAUUCGAACAGAGAGAUUUCAUGAAUAUGUUAUGUGUUGUCUACUUCGUGCUAUCAGUUUGCUUGUGUCAAAUGAAAUUUAUCACAUCGUUAAAUUAUUACAUAGUUGACGUUAUAAGUGGCGAUAAGGAUUCAAUUCAAAACCAUAGAUUAGACAUUUCGUCACGAUGACUUGACGGAAUUCAAUUUUUAUUUAUUUGAUUACAACGCAAUUUUUCGAUUCAUUCAGUUGUAGUAGUAGUGGUGUUUGUUUGAAUGGUUUUUAUCAUUUUAGCGUGUAAAAUAUAAACAUUGAUAAGGGGGCAAUGGAAAGGUUUGUUGGCUUAAAAAAUGGCUUUUUUAACAUCUCCUUUUGAUUAAUUAUUUAUCUGCUUUUAAUAAUUUUAUUUAAUGCUCAAAGCCAAUGUAUUAAUGACAAGCACUGAGAAGAAAAAGAAAAAGAAUAAGAAGAAAAAGAGGGCUGAACAGGUUUCGGUGCAUGUAGCAGCCCUCUAUCUUGAGUUGAUCAAUCGUAUCCUCUGUACUCAAGCAAAUCAGUCCAUAUUUGGAAUUCAAGGACCGAGUAACUCUACUUCAGAACCCAUUAAAACUAGCGUUUCAUUUUAGUUCCUGUGAAUGAUGGCACUUUUUUCGCUAGCUAAAAAUUACAUUCCUAGCGUUCGAAAAAGAAUUGAUCGAGCGAAAUUAGCCGUUUAAUAUGUUUUUGGAUCACAUUUCGAUCAAAGGGAUGGGGUGAUGAAUGAAUAUGACUUUUUCAAAUGGUAAAACAUAGUCUAUAUUGUUGUGUAAUUUGUAUGAUGUAUAAUGGAAUAACUGUUUGGAAUGAUAAUUGAGUGAAUGAGACAAUGUGAAUGUGUACGAAUGUGUGAGUGAAUGUGCCCUUCCGGCAUUUUGCUCCGCCAUGACAGCAUUUUGGUUCACCAUUAGAUAGUUAGUUCCGGCAUUUUGGUCGGCCAUCAUAGAGCCUUUGUAUUGAGUAGCUCUUUGACGUUGAUUCAUUCUUUGGGAAACCAUAGACGUGAGAACAUUGUUUCAAUAAAAGAAAAUUAUUUUCGUAAAAUACCGGCGUCUUUAAUUAUUUAAUUCAUAUAUAAAAAUAUAUUGAAUAUCCGAUUAUUAAUUCGAAUCAUAAAAAAACUUAUUUGUUGCCCACUCCCAUUAUUUGACAAUAUUUCCAGUGCACUGUAAUCAUUACUCAGUAAAUAUCAAAGUUUGUGCUGAAUCAUAUUAGACGUUUUCAUCACCCUAUCGAAUCAACCGUGUUAUCACUUCAACGCGUCGCUGAGAUUACACAAACUCAUGUUCAAGUUUCCCUAAGCCCAGUAUAAAUACUCGUGUUAAACAAAGCACAAAGUAGUCAGUUACUAUUUCAUUUUGCACUAAUUGUGUUUUGAAAAAAAAAACGAUUGAAUUUUAUUUCAAAAAAUGAUUGCGUUUUACUUGUUUAUUGUUGUGUUGAGUGUUUUAUACUUGUGGGUGAAGCGUGUGUACAGUUACUGGGAACGAAAGAAUUUCCCAAACAUAAAACCGUCGAUUCCGUUUGGGAAUCUGUCGGGUUCAUGGCAUGGGCGAAAAUCACUUGGCAAGGAGCUAUACGAUCUGCAUCGUAGCUCAAAGAAGCCCAUUGAAGGUGUUUACUUUCUAUUUCGACCCGCUUUAAUCGUACGCGAUGCAAGUCUUGUCCAGAAUAUUUUAAAGACAGAUUUUACAAGCUUUUAUGAUCGCGGAUUCUAUCAUAAUCCAAAUGAUCAAGUUGCCGACAAUUUGUUCGUGAAAGAAGGACAAGAUUGGAAAUCAUUGCGAGCUAAGCUGACACCAACUUUUACAUCUGGUAAACUCAAGGCCAUGAUACCAACAAUCAUUCAAAUCGCCGACAAUCUUCGACGAAAACUAGCCCCAUUGGCCGAUAACAAUGACAUUAUCGAUAUCAAGGAUUUUACAGUUAGAUAUGGGAUGGAUGUGAUUGGAACGGUGGGCUUUGGCUUAGAUGUGAAUUCGAUCGAUGAUCCAAAUCAUUCGUUCCGUGAAAUUGAAAAUCAAGUGAGCAAUGGGUAUUUCUCCAAUCGCGUACGGCUGAUUGGAGCUUUCUUCUGUCCAAAACUUCUCGAAAUCCUUCGAAUGUCGUCGAUGUCGCAGAAAUUCCAGGACUACAUGGUUGGAAUUGUGAAAGAUACAAUGGAA